AUGGUUGACUGUCGUCUAGUGUAUGCCAAUCUUCCAUGUAAGAACGAGCGCCUGUAUCUUCUAGGCGACGCGAAUGUGCUCAUCGAGCGAGCGGGCCCAAAUUUGCGUCCUGCUUCAGCUAGUAUCAACUCUUUAUUGGAACGGUUGAUUUCCCUCAGAAUGAAAGCUGGUAUUUUCCAGACGACGGGAAUGUAUUUAUCGAGCGAGCGAGCUGGAAAUACGGACCACAAUGGCGAAACUAAACAUGAAACUAAGCAGGAAAGCGAGCACCUUCCGAAGAACAACAAUGCAUUCAUCAACAAUCCGUGGGAAGAAGUGUUUGCUUUGCGCACCAGCCGAGCUCAGGGCUUGAUAAUGACAUCUUAUAUAUUACAUACGUAUCACUGCAAUUGGGUAUCUCUGCACCGUGCUGCAGGAUUUUUGCACGCUGUUGGCACAAAGCUAAAAAAUAUAGAGACCGCGCAGCCUGCGCUCUUUCAUCUAGAUGCAUCUUAUCAAACUCAACCUGAAAGAUCCGCGCACCAGGACUUGAAUGAUGGCUUGGGGAUUGUUCCCAUGCGUGACGGCCCGUUUGCACGAAACUGA